CAUGCUGUUAUCACUCAGGCAGGCUUCUUGCGCCAAAACGGCCGGAUGAGGUUAGUCUGAAUCCUCGACAUCUUCAAGCUGUCCACUUUCUUAUGUGUACCUAUCAUGACUUCACUUGAUUCUAAACUGGCCGUCCAAUGGCUUACCAUAUGCCAGCAUGGCUCGUAGCAUGAUGUCCGCUGCGCAGCUUGCGCCGUCUCUUCGUCAGUCCUUCGAAUGCUGUUCUACCAGGUAGCUAUGGCACGCCGAGCCGACUUGAGGUCGGGUAGCCUAACCUCGUCUAGCCUGCUGUAAGAAAUGUUAACGCAUAGCUGGAGACUUAGCAUGUUACACUUGUCAGUAACUAUUGACGGAGCCGAAGCGGGAAUUACAUCCACGUGACGAUUCUGGAAACAUAUGUAUCGCAGAUCUCGGUCCGUGCAACUCAGCCAUGGACCACCAUGAGCACUUCGAAUCUGCUUUGGGUUCUCUGUUGUCCAAUCAGCGCACUGAAAGUUCAUUUGAAGAGAUACCCAUCAUUGACAUCACGGACGCGACCAGUACCGAUCCAGUGGCGCGACGCGCUUUGGCUAACGAGAUUACGGAUGCAUGUAUCAAUGUCGGCUUUUUCUACAUAAACAAUCAUGGAAUUGCUGAGGACACCAUUACAGCUGCCAUAGAUGCAGGAAAGAAGUUUUUUGCGUUGCCAACCUCUUCCAAGAUGGAUCUGGAUAUUCAUCGAUCAUCUAAUUACAAAGGUUAUACCGCUCUCCUGGGAGAAAAUACCGAUCCGAAAGGACAUGGCGAUCUGCAUGAAGGGUUUGACCUAGGAUGGGAAGAUGAGAACUUAGAGGAGACGAAGAAUAAGAAUGCCAUGUCGGGUGGCAACGUUUGGCCCGAAGCGGUUCCUGAUUUCAAGGAACCCGUUUUGAAUUAUUACCAUGAAGCCGUUCGAUUGGGCCAAAAACUGUUUCCUCUUUUUGCACUAGCAUUGGACUUACCCGAGAACUUCUUCGAGGACAAGGUGAAUCUCAUAUCCGAAAUCGCUUUGACCAAAUUGCACAUGCUCUGGCAGACGACGAAACCAGCUGCGAUAAUGCGACUUUUGCAUUAUCCUUCCCAGAAGCCAUCGAGCGUGGAUGAGCAUGAGAAAGUGCUUGGCAUAGGAGCACAUACUGAUUAUGAAUGCUUCACGAUUCUCUGGCAAGACAAGGUUCCCGCACUGCAAGUGAAGAACACGGCUGGUAAAUGGAUAGACGCAGUUCCUAUCCCCGGAACAUUGGUGUUGAAUCUAGGGGAUCAGUUUGCGCGUUGGACGAACGAUGUAUUCAAAUCUACCCUUCAUCGCGCAAUCAACAGAUCUGGGGAAGAGCGAUAUUCCAUGCCGCUAUUUUUUGGUACCGACUAUGAUGUCCUACUCGAGCCUAUUCCCAGUUGCAUCUCUCCGGAAUAUCCGUCGAAAUACGAGGUCGUUACCGCGGGGGAAUAUGUGAAAUCUCGGCUGGACGCCACAUAUGCUCAUUCGGCGGUGAAGAUGAUGUAGGUCCACCUUGGGGUUUGACGACAUCAUGCCCGAUCACAGCCACGGCCGUAUCAGUGAUCUGGAAAUCUCGAAUCCGUUGCCUUCAGUACGAAACCGGACUAGCCAAAUUUUUGAAAUAGACGAUGCAUCUGGAGACGACUCGAAUCAUACUUAAUUGAAUAUGAUUAUCGAAUGGCAAGCGUGAGGCCAU